ACAUCAACUCAUCGUGAGGGAACCAUCCUGAGUAUCUCCAAACUCUGACAGAAGAUGGACCAGAGACUCACCUCCACCAUCCUAGCUCUGCUGCUGAGCCUCUCACAGGCACAUCCCCUCGUGGACCUUGGAAGUGAAGCGGAUGAUUCUCCACUGAUUUCUAUCCAAACAGAGGAUCCUGAUGAUGUGGAUAUCACUACAAACAUUCUACAAUCCAACAAUGGGUCCAGCGAGAUACUGAUGGAGGGAGACCUGAUUGUAUCAAACACCAGAAAUGCCAUGAAGUGCUGGAAUAACCAAUGCUUAUGGAGGAAAUCCUCAGAUGGACUUGUUGAAGUGGCUUACACUGUGAGCAAUGAAUUCUCAUAUUAUCAGAAGAAGCGGAUUGAAAAUGCCAUGAAGACCUUCAACACAGAAACCUGCAUUCGCUUUGUUCCCCGGUCGAGUCAGAGAGACUUCAUCAGUAUUGAGAGCAGAGAUGGCUGUUACUCCUAUCUGGGGAGAACUGGUGGCAAGCAGGUAGUGUCUCUGGCCAGAUAUGGUUGUGUUUACCAUGGUAUCAUUCAGCAUGAGCUGAACCAUGCGCUGGGUUUCUAUCAUGAGCACACAAGGAGCGACCGGGACGAAUACGUCAGGAUCAACUGGGAGAAUGUUGCACCACACACCAUCUACAACUUUCAGACACAAGACACUAAUAAUCUAAAUACUCCAUAUGACUACACUUCUAUCAUGCAUUAUGGAAGAACUGCUUUCUCAACCAAUGGAAUGGACACUAUAACUCCCGUACCCAACCCAAACCAAUCUAUUGGACAGAGGAGAAGUAUGUCCAGGGGGGAUAUUCUGAGGAUCAACAAGCUGUACAGCUGCUAAAAUAAAUACUUGGAGACUGAAGGUGCCGGACUACUGGAGCAGAAUAUGAAAUCAUAAAUCACAAUAUUCUUGCCAGAAGAAAUGCAGAACAUUCACGCCUGCAAAAAUCCUUUGUUCUGUUUAUCACAGUUAUUGUAAC